GUUUUGUUUUGAUUUUUAGUUAGUCGUGUGCUAGUGAAAGAUCCCAUCUCCAGGUAGAGUCCGCAAUGCUGCGUAAAAAGCUUAAACUAACCGAUCCGUCGGAUCAGGAUGCAGGAGACAACACCGCUCAUCCACCAGAAUUCUCACUAAGCACCUUCAUAAACGAGCCGAAAGUCAAGCUGCCAUCAACUUUCUCACCGGUGCCACCCACACUCACCUCGCCUCAUUUUGCCAUCAACACCGCCACCGCCGCCGCCCAUCCCUAUCAUCUCAUCUCACCCACGGAUGUCCAACCCAUCGUCAAUGUAGUCCAGCCCCAAGAAUCCGUUCCACUUUGGAGCCGCGUGUACCAACUGGAGCAAGAACUCUGCCAAGCCUUACUCCAAAUCCCGCUGCCAUCCGACGUGGCGGCCACCUACAAUCCUAUCGAGUACGCGGCCGAACUGCACCUGGCGUACAUGCAGCGCUUCCUAACCGGGCACAAGCCGGUGCUGUUCCUCGGCAUGAACCCGGGACCGUGGGGAAUGUGCCAAACUGGGGUACCAUUCGGUUAUGUACCGGCCGUUCGUGACUGGAUGCAACUGCGAGGCGAAGUGCUGAAACCGAUCGGGGAAUUGGCCGUUCGUCCGGUGGACGGAUUACAGUGUACCCGUGGCGAGCAGAGCGGUCAACGCUGGUGGGGAUUGUAUCAGGAACUGUGCGGAACGCCGGAGAAUUUCUUCCGGAAUUGCUUUGUGUUCAACAUUUGUCCGCUGGCAUUUUUCCAUUCUAGUGGAAGGAACAUUACACCGGCGGAGUUUAAGGUAAGUUUCCAUCAGGACUAGAACUGGCGAUUAUAUUUUGGCCGAUUCUAUAACAUUCCCCAGAAAACCAAUCC